AUGGAGGUAGAUGCUGUAGGUGUUGAAGAAAGUGAAGAGCUUGAAUCUUUAGCUUGUACUGGUGAGCAAAUUCCAGAAUGGGGAUGGAAUUACAUUGCAAAGGUGAGGCAGUUAAAGCUCGGAGUUGGGGAUGCCAAAGCACUUCGUAACUACUUCACUCGCAUGCAAAGAAGAAAUUCAAAUUUUUUCUAUGUCAUUGAUAUGGAUGAUGACAGUCAUUUGCGAAAUGUUUUUUGGGCAGAUGCAAGGUCAAGGGCAGCUUAUGACUCAUUUGGAGAUAUUGUGUCAUUUGAUAGUACAUACUUGACUAAUAGAUACAAUAUUCCAUUUUCUCCUUUUGUUGGAGUGAACCACAAUGGGCAGUCCAUUUUAUUUGGAUGCGGAUUGUUAUCGAGGGAAGACAAAGAAACUUAUGUAUGGUUGUUUAAAUCACGUAUGGAAUGCAUGCGAGGGCGAGCUCCAAAAGCAAUAACUACAUAUCAAUGUCGAUCUAUCCAAGCAGCAGUGGCAGAGGCAUUUAUGAAUCUCAUCAUCAUUUUUUUCCUUUGGCAUAUUAUGAAGAAAGUUCCUCAUAAAUUAAGUGGUUUGACUCAAUAUAAAGAAAUCAAGAAAACUUUAAAAACCCUUGUUUAUGACUCAAUAGAAGCAAGUGAAUUUGAUGAUGGCUGGCAUAAAAUGGUAGAUGAUUACUGUCUUCAAGAAAAUGAAUUGUUAAGCUCUUUUUUUAGUGAUCGUGGUCGGUGGGUGCCAGUAUAUGUCAAAUCAAUAUUUUGGGCAGGAAUGUCUACAACCCUAAGAAGUGAAAGCAUGAAUGCAUUUUUCGAUGGGUAUGUAAACUCAAAAACCUCAUUGGGACAAUUUGUUCAGCAAUAUGAUAAUGCACUUAAAAGUAAGAUGGAAAAGGAGAAUAAGGCUGAUUUUGACUUUCUUAAUUCUUCUUAUCAAUUGAUAACAAGUUCCCACUUUGAGAAGCAAUUUAAAGAGGCUUACAACAAUACAAUUUUCAAGUCCUUUCAAGAUGAGUUGCGUGAUAUAUUUUUUGCAAUUUCACAUUGCUUAGAGUUGAUGGUCUAA